AUGGAAGCUCUCACAGCACGAGAUCACAAUCAGCCUCUAUCAAUCCAAAAAGUCGAUAUUCCCGAGCCCGGUGCAGAUGAUGUCAUAAUCAAAGUCGUGGCCGCAGGCCUUACUCCAGGUGUCGUCAAAAUGGUCAACGCUGGCCGCAGCCAUUUGCCGACCACGGUAGGGCAUGAGGCAGCCGGUGUUGUCUCUGCCGUGGGAAGCAAUGUGACUAACGUCGCUACCGGCGACCGUGUUCGACUGCACCCAAUCUUGUCUUGCAGAAACUGCCAGCUCUGUCUCCAGGGCCAAGAUCAAAUGUGCGACAGUGCUGCCAUUAUGGGGUUUGCAUCCUUCAGCCCGAGAAAGGAGCUAUAUGAAAAGUAUCAUGACGGCACCGUGGCCGAGUUUGUGCGGGCUCCUUCUUGGUUGGUUGAUCAUCUGCCUACUGAUGUUUCAUUCGAGACUGGUGCCAAGCUGCAUGACCUUGCCACAGCGGCUAGGGCCAUAAAAUUGGCUAGGUUGCCAGACAAUGCCACGAUAGUACUCACCGCACCUACGGGAGCCAUGGGGGCGCUCAGUUUGAGAGUAGCAGAAAAAUUUGGAAUUGGCAAAAUUGUACUGGUUGGCCGCUCGAAAGAACGAAUGGACAUGGUGCGCCAAUUCGCCACGGUUCCGACCGAGAUUUAUCACGUCAGCAACGAAGACAGCGGCAAUCAAAAUGUCGUAAAAGAGCUUGUGGCAUUGGCGCCUGAAGGCAUCGAUGCUAUUAUUGACUAUCUGCCCUCCGGCAAUCUCAUCUCGAAGCUGCUCCCCGCGAUGUCUUCAGGCGGCGUUCUGGUUCAUUACGGUGGCAACCCAAAUUUAAUUCAGGUACCACUAGUAGCAGUAAUGGCCAAGUGCUGGACCAUUAUCGGUGCUCGGGCACACACAAGGGAGGAUGCAAAGGAGUGCUUGCAAUGGUUGAGUUCUGGAGAGGUUGCCAUUGACGACCUGAUCACACACCGUUUUAAAGCGUCUGAAGUCGAUAAAAUGUUGCAACUGAUGGACAGCAGAGACGAGCACAUGUUGUUAACAGUGCUUAAUAUCGAAGCGCCCGCAGUAGUGUAA